GCGAGGUUAUGUUCAUAGUCAGAGUGUCAGACAGCCUCUCAGCUGGUAAACGUAAACCCGAUUGUGUUUGAUUUUAGUUGUUCCCGUAAUUUGUGUUUGUUUUACUAAAUAUUCUAUAUAGUUUUCAAUAUCAACUAUAAAUAUUUUAAAACCUAUCCGAUGAAAUCAUGACAUUAAUAAGCAAAUUCAAAUUAAAAACAAUUGAUGUCAAUUGUGCUAGCUAUGUUCAUCCUUGGACUCAAUCAUGUAGCGAUGCUUGGGCGGAGUUGUUCCUUUUUGCCUUUCAAGAUGCAUUGAGGAUAAAUACAACUGCAUAUCUGGUCGCCUUGCUGAUGAGAGGCCGCGUUCCCUCGAAAAAAGACAUCAAACAUACUAUUCUAGGCAUUAUUCAAUCUAGCAUUUUUCUUAGUUGUCAUGCUUUUGGAUAUUCGGUUACAUUGUGUACAUUGAGAAAAUGUCUGGGUGGCUUCAACGUAUUAACGGCCUCGUUCAUUCCAUCAUUUUUAUCAAGCAUUUGUGCCAUCCUAAUCGAAAGGCCUUCCAGACGUAGCCUGCUAAGUUUGUAUGUCACCAAUGUUGCAUCGGAAACCCUGUUCCAUAUGUGUGUAUGGCGCGGGUGGUUGAAGCCCAUAAAAUACGGAGAAGUGUUCAUAUUCACUGUGUCGGUUGCCUUCCUGUCCUACUGUUACAGGAGCAAGCACAACGAUAAGGACUCUAUUUAUUCACUUUUGAGGUUUUUCAUCGGUCCUUGUGAAGAAAAUGGGUAUACGAAGCGAGAAGUUCCACAAUUGUCAGACAGUCCAUCGAAAAAGAGAAAUAUUUUCCUUCAAAAACUAAGCAACGUGUUGGAUUAUAUUAAAAAGUUGAAGUCGCAACCAAGUUGUCCUCACAAUCAUAGCUGCACAUUCUAUUCGUUGCAGGGCUUCUCAAAACUAUUCCUACUGGGUUACGGCCUGCAGAUCAGUUUGAACCUUCUACUUCAAAUGAAAAGAAUACUGCGAAAGCCUUCUAUGAUUCGCCAGAUCAUCUUCAAAAAAGACACUUUGAGACUGGGAGCAUUUUUCGGCGGGUUUUCUGCUCUUUAUCGAGCGAUGAGCUGCUUGCUGAGAUGGCAGGUGGGUUUCGACGACGAGCUGCUAGCUGUGCCGGCCGGGGUGGUGGGGGGACUCGCAUUCUGCUUCUUCCGCGACAACACUGUCGCUCUCUACAUGAUGUGGAAAUCCCUCCAGAUCUUGUACAAUGUUGGCACAGGCAAGGGAUAUGUGCCCGAGCUUCCACAGGCGAGUAUUUUCUUUCACUGUCUGUCGACAGCUGUGCUCUUCCACGCUGCUCUGUUGGAGCCGCACAAUCUGCGCUCCUCCUACUGGAAGUUCCUCUGCAGCAUGUCUGGCGGAAGAAUCAUUGACAUGGACAGAGUAUGUUUGGACAGCUUCGGCCUGCAAAGUACUAAAUCAUUGGAAUCUACUCUUAGAAAACACAAAAUGCUCCCGAGAACUUCAUGAUGAAGCCAGUUCGACACUCAAUACUAGAUCUAAGUGGGGUAUAGGGGUUUUUCGUUUCAAUGUUUAGCGGGCUGUGUAAAACCUAAUAUAUUACUACUGUGAUUAUAAUAGACAUUUGUAUAUUUUAUUACUUUUAUAUCAUAUAAGAUUUUACGUACGUUCAUGUACAUUACUGUUAUCUUUAUUAAAUAUGUUUAUUAUCGAA